AGAGUAACCUCUGUUGUUGUGAUCUGUGCUCACCAUUUAUAAAUUUGUUUGCGGUGAAGCGGUGCAGUGCUGGCCGAUCAUCUUCAGUAUUUUGAGUGAAAACAGGAGUUAAAUCGAGGGACUGUGUGAAAAUGUUGGUGUUAUUUGAAACAGCGGCGGGCUACGCUAUUUUUAAGCUUCUAGAGGAGCAAAAGCUGGAAGAAGUGGACAGUUUAUACUCGGCAUUUAAAUCAGUGGAAUCCGCCAAUCAAAUAGUGAAAUUGAAGCAUUUCGAAAAGUUCGCAGACAUCACCGAAGCCCUAUCAGCUACAACUGCUUCCAUUGAAGGAAAAAUCUCCAAGAGUCUGAAAAAGCUGAUCAAAAAACAUGUGGUAGAUGAACACGAGAAACUGUUGGUCGCUGAUUCUAAGCUGGGAGUGGCCAUUAGGGAGAAGUUCGAACUGCAAUGCCUGGCAAACACGUCUGUGCAGCAUCUAAUGCGCUGCAUUCGGUCCCAACUGGAUAACUUGAUAUCCGGUAUUUCCCGCAAGGAAAUGUCUGCCAUGGCUUUGGGUUUAGCCCACUCUUUGUCCAGGUAUAAGUUGAAGUUCUCCCCUGAUAAAGUGGAUACCAUGAUCGUUCAAGCGGUGUCGCUGCUGGAUGAUUUGGACAAGGAGCUGAAUAACUACACAAUGAGGUGUCGCGAAUGGUAUGGCUGGCAUUUUCCCGAAUUGAGCAAAAUCAUUACCGACAAUAUCGCCUUUGUUAAGACUGUGAAAUUGAUCGGAACUAGGGAGCACGCAGUCGACACGGAUCUAUCCGACAUAUUGGCUGAAGAAGUCGAAGAGAAGGUUAAAGAGGCCGCCGAGAUUUCGAUGGGCACAGAAAUAGCUGACGACGACAUUAUGAACAUUCUAUGUCUUUGCGAUCAAAUCAUUGACAUGACCAAUUACAGGCAACAGUUGUACGACUAUUUGAAGAAUCGUAUGAUGGCUUUAGCGCCCAACUUGACCAUAUUGGUGGGCGAUUUGGUUGGUGCCCGACUAGUUGCACAUGCGGGUUCCUUGAUAAACCUGGCCAAGCAACCGGCGUCCACCGUGCAGAUCCUCGGAGCGGAAAAGGCCCUCUUCAGGGCGCUGAAGACGCGCAAAGACACCCCCAAAUACGGUCUUAUUUAUCAUUCCCAAUUGAUUGGCCAGUGCAGUACCAAGAACAAGGGGAAAAUGUCCAGAAUGUUGGCUGCCAAGGCGGCUUUAGCUACCAGAGUGGACGCUUUGGGCGAAGACGUUGACAUCAACAUGGGCGUUGAGCACAAAGCAAAACUGGAAGCCCGUUUGAAGCUGCUGGAGCAGGGCAAUAUUCGAAGGAUUAGUGGCACUGGUAAAGCCAAGGCCAAGUUUGAGAAAUACCAAGGAAUCAGCGAAGUGAAACACUAUCCAGAUGCUGCCGACAGCACGUUGCCAUCCAGUAGUGAGCAGCGCAAACGAAAGUGGAAAUCUGAUGGGGAGAUUAAAGAGGAGACGGUUUCUGUGAAAGAGGAAAUCGAAGAAGAACCAGCAAAUGGCGCGGACGAACCUAAGCCGAAGAAGAAAAAGAAGAACAAGAAGGAGCCCAAGGAGGAGUCAGUAGAAGUGAAGGAAGAACCUGUGGAAAUCAAGCAGGAAGAAGAGCAACCAGAAAAGAAAAAAAAGAAGAAAAAGAAGCACGCCAGCAGUUCUUAGGAAUAUGUACAUUUUACGUGUAUCGAGUAUUUAGGGAUUUAUUUAUAAGUUUUAUUUUGUGAAAUCAAUAUACAUAUAAAACUAUAAA